AUGAUUCUGGAGAAGUUGCCAAUGCGGAAAACGGCACGAGGACAUCAGUUGGUUCCAUCGUUAGACAUACCGAAUAUGCCAGCUGCUGGAACACCACCACGAGCAAUAUCACCGAGGAUUCGAAAAGAUAUGUUUCGGCGCAAAGACAGUUUCUGUGCGAGUUCAUCAUCUGCCAGCUCCAGUACGCAGGUGAGAAAGUUCAUAUUUAAAUUCAUGUAG